AUGUCUUUAUAAUAUUUUUUACUCUAUGUAAAAAAAACUAACACCUUGCCUAACGGUUUUUAUCUGAUAUAAUUAAAUUGUGAAAAUAUUCUGCACAACACUAGAAUUUGGAUAGAAAUUAGGAUUAUAGAAUAAAGCGUUGACUUAUUUAGUAAUUUAGUAAUUAUUGAAUUUUACUAGUACUUUCAUCGUAUUAUUUAGAUGCACAUUGUACACUAAUAUUGCAUUAUGACGUGAUUAAAAACAAAAAAUUUAAAUUAUUUCUUUGUUAGGUUAUUGCAGUCAAGUGUUUGUUAGUUGUUACUGUCUUGUUACCGAGGAAACGGAACACGGACUUCUGCACCAUUGUCAGUUAUAAACUCAGAUACAUUAUUCACUGAACUAAUUUAUGAAAAUGAAUGUCAAUGGUCCAUACAAAUUUAUUAAAUGAAAACUUUUGCAACACAUUUUUAAAAUGCAAGUUUUUACAAAAUGUUCAUUCAAUUUGGAAUAUUUUGUAUAAUUAUUGAACAAUUGAGUCUAUAGUAGUUUUAUUGUAAAAAUAUGUAUGUAUUCUUUUUAAUUUCUAAAUAUUCAUUAUAUACAAUGUCUAUUUACUAAAUUAUGCAUCCUAUGUUUUAAAUAAUAAUAAUUUCACUAUUCCUGAAAACAAAAUAUGGAGGAAGAAGGUUUCAAAUUCAAACAUAUUUCCAAAGAAGAUUUUAAUAAAACUUACAAAAAAAUCAAUCGUUGUCGACAAAAACAAAUAGAUGAUCAACAUUGGAACGUUUAUAUGGAAUCAAUCAAAAGUACAGACUCUAAAAAAACAUACACUAUUGAAAAUAACACGGACAUUAAACAAAGUGAAAACUCAUUUAAUAAAUAUAGAAACAGCCAAUCUAGCAUGCAUGAUUCUAUAAAUUUAUACUCAUUGCAUGAUCCUUAUGAUAUAAAUCAUAUACAUGGGCUUAGAAAUCGUUUGUUUAAAACAUUUAUUGAGUUUUCUAAUAUUUUAGAAAAUGCACUUUUGCCACCUGUUUUAAAAAGUGCUAAAAAAGUACGAAUUAAAAUAAAUGAAUAUGAUCAACAAACAAAUAAUUACAUAUUUGAUUUAAACUCACUGUUUUAUGAUAUUAAAAAAGAAUCAAAAAAUGAAGACUUGCACAAUAAAAAAAAUAAAACUAAUGUCACAUUAAGAAAAGCUUUUCAAAUUAAGUUAAUUAAAUGCUAUAAAUUAGCAAUUAAUGCCACAAAGAUGUGUUCAAAGACCUUGGAAGCUGGAAUUUAUAACCCUAUUCAAAAUAAAAUGAAAAAUUUAAUACAAAUUAUAUCAGCUCUAUCAUUAACUACUGGCAAAUAUAUUUAUGGUGAAAUAUUCAAGAAAAAAAAGAAAGAAAGUUUUGAUUUAGUUCAACAUUGCAAAGAUUUAGAGAAUAUGUUGGAGGAAUGUGGUUAUAAAGACACAGAUAUUGACAAUCAUAGUAAUAAUAUUAAUAGUAAUAUAUUAAAUGAGCUUUCUAAUAAAGCUUUAAGUAAACCUAAAACCCAAUUAUUUUCCGCCAAUUCUAAUCGAUUAAGUAUGUAUAAUCAUGAUAAACCAAAAUUGGGAUCAUGCUAUGCUCAGGGAUGGUCAAAAAAAUCAUUUGAAUCAUCUAGAAAUAAAGUUUUAUCAAAACAAGACAAUAUCUUAAAAACUAAUAAUAAUUUAGACGAUAUCAAAACUGUAAUGGAAGAAUAUCCCUUUGGAGAAAUGAAUGAAACAAAUUAUAAAUUUUUGUUUAAAGAGAUACAAGAUGAAAAAUUAAUUAAUACCAAUGAAGCAAUUACGUUUUCAACUGAUUCAAAAAUAGUAAAGUCAAAUAAAUUAAAAACAACCAGUAAUGUUGGGCUAUACAUUAUACAAGAAAACAUCUGGAGAAAAUUUCCUAUUAAAAAUAUAAAGUUCUCUCAAAAUGGAUGUAUGGUUUUAAAUAUAACUCCACAACAAACUAAGGAACUUUAUUUAUACAAAAGACAAUUCAAACAACAAUCAUUGAUAGCAGAACAUGAUGUUAAUAUCUUAUUCAAUAUUUCAGAAACAAUUAUGGAUGACCUGAUAAAUGAAGUUUUAUCAAAAAUUGAUUAUGAUGCAAUAAUCAAGAAUUUAAUAAAAAUGGAACUAUUGGAAUGAUUUUAAAUUUUCAAAGGCGUAAUCAUUAUUAAUUUAAACACAAUUAUUUUUAUAUAGACAUUAAUUACGUAAAAAUAUAUGUAAUAUUAUUAUAACAAUAAAAUCAAUGAUUAAAGCAUUAAAUCUUAAGUAAGUAGAACAUUGUAUGGAUUAGCACACUCAAGUGUUUCUAAACAUUUUCGUUUUUCAAGAUUCUUAGAAAUCUAAUAAAAACAAUUUUUUAGAAA